GAGUGAAUGAAAGGGUAUUAUUUCCUACAGGUGAGGUCAUUAUUCACAACACUCCAUUUCUUUAGAUCCCCUUCAGACACUUGCAGUGUUUGACUAGAAGGUUACAUUCAGACAGAGGAAUAACCAGGAUACAUACAGGAUGCACAGGGUGUUAGUUCGAGAACUUGCCUUUGUUUCUCAGGCACUCAUGUGUCAAUACUUAGUAUUUGCAAAAAUAAAACUGCUGGAAAAAGUUAUGAGGGAUUCCAGGCCCUGUGAAAGGAAGUCAUUCUUCUGAAAGGAGAAUAGUACAGCGGCUGUUUGCGGAAUGAGUCACCACAGCCUCAAAGGUCGGCCACCAUGGCAAACACGGAUGGGUGGAGCUCGUGGAGGGAUACGGGGGAUGCUGGUGUAGGCAUGGGGGGGGGCGAGUGCACUGUGUUUCAGCGGGGCACACUAACUAACGGGGGACAGACACAGGCCCGCGGGAGUGAUGGCUCCCACCCAGCAUGGUGAUGAAAGGGCCUGAGGCCGAGCAGGUCAUGUGCCCAUGAACAUCGUGAGAAUGUAUUGCAUGUCCACGAGCUGUGGGAACAUGCAAACUCACCCCAAGCCUCAGCACAGGGAAGACAUCUUGGUCUGUUUUGUGUGUGUUUUCUUUCCGCUAGUUUUGGGUUAUGUCCUAAUCUGCCCCCAGCUGGGUGGGGUAGCUCUCACUUGAAUGUGAAACAGCAAGUUUCUUAGCGAAUGCCUCAGUGCCAUGCUGGACUGUUAAUGCACCUUUCAAGGGGUUUCUCCAACGAAGUCAUCAGCACGCCUGUGGUAUCCCCAUCCCACCGACCGUCAAGGUGAGACCGGGUGAACGUUUGCUCUUUAAGCGUAGGUGGGAAAGUCGAUGGGGUUGAAGAAGAGUCACCCUUUUGUGCGAUACACCAUGUCGAGGCGCCUGACUGGGGAGGAAUGCAGCGCAGUGAAAAAGAACACGCUCUAAAGUAGAGCCUUCCGGAAAAAGCCCUUCAAUUUCUGAGAUCACAUUGCAUGUAUCAACAGGCUUUUGUCACUCACGCUCUGUGCUCCUGUCUGCGUGCAUGCUCACCUCUCUCGACACGUGUUUGAAUACGAUUAAUCAAGCAUAUUGCCUUAAAGGUGUCCAUCUUUACAUUUAUUUGCAUAUAUUCCUGGCCGUGAAACUAUUGAGGCAUCCUGUGAUAUUGCUGCAUGACUGCCCUCAGACAAAAGCUUCACAUUCCAUAAACACUCACUCUCCUGGGCCUAUGUUCUGGUAUGUCCACACUGGAGAAGGCAGUGAUCUCCUUGGUGGAGCUCUUCCAGCACUAUGCCAGGAUGGAACCCAGCUACAGGCAGCUGAGCUGGGCAGAGUUCAAGGAACUGCUCCAGAUUAACUUCAGAGAGUUCUGCAUGUUUGUGGGAAUUCUGGCGAAAGGCUACUACCCCAUGAAAACAGGUAGAAGUCUGGAGAUACCCCGACAAACAGAGAAAUAA